AUGGAGACUUUGGAGGAAACUGAACUCUGCUUCCCACAACUCCUGAACACCUCCUGCAGGAAACAAAUAAUUCCUCACUAUGAGGCCAUGCUGAUUUACAUUGUGCUGUCUUCUAUCUCUGUGCUCACUGCAACUCUUAACCUGCUGGUCAUCAUCUCUAUCUCCCACUUCAAGCAGCUCCACACUCCCACCAACCUCCUCCUCCUCUCUCUGGCUGUCUCUGAUUUCUUCAUUGGCCUCCUCAUGUUGCUUCAAAUUAUGCUUAUGGAUGGCUGCUGGUACCUAGGUGACCUCAUGUGUGCUGUGUAUCAGUAUCUAGGAUACGUUAUUGCUUCUGCCGCAGUAGGGACCAUGGUGCUCAUAUCAGUUGACCGAUAUGUGGCUAUUUGUGAGCCUCUGCAUUACUCUACUAAAGUCACAAAAAAAAGAGUUCAAGUCUGCAUUUGUCUGUGUUGGAUAUGUUCUGUAAUCUUUCAAAGUCUGGUUCUGAAAGAUAUCCUGAAACAACCAGGCUGGUAUCACUCUUGCAUCGGAGAGUGUGUAUUUUAUGUAAACUACAUUGGUGGAAUUGCAGAUCUUUUGUUUUCAUUUAUUUUUCCCAUUACUGUCAUUGUUAUUCUGUAUAUGAGAGUGUUUGUGGUGGCUGUGUCUCAGGCUCGUGCCAUGAGGUCUCAAAUUGCAGCUGUCCCACUCCAGCAAGUGAAAGUAACUGCUAAAAAAUCUGAGCUGAAAGCAGCCAGGACUAUUGGUGUUCUUUUAGUUGUGUUUCUAGUAUGUCUUUGCCCAUUUUAUUGUGUUGCUCUCACAGGCCAAGAUAACUUGCUUAAUGCUUCAUCUGCUGCAUUUUUUAUAUGUUUGUAUUACUUUAACUCCUGUCUGAACCCUCUGAUCUAUGCCUUUUUUUACCCCUGGUUCAGAAAAUCUAUGAAGCUGAUUGUUACACUAAAGAUUCUGCAGACUGACUCCUGUGAGGCCAACAUACUGUAG